AUGGGGCAUCUCUUGCAUGAAGGUGAUCGUUCCAUUUUAUCAUCUUCGGGUCAGUCAGACACUGAAGAUGACAGAAUGAUUGCGGUUAUUCUUUCAGAGGAGUAUGCCAAUAUAGAUAACACAAUUGGUAGUCAAGUUUCGAAUUUUCCUCCUCCUGUAAGCCUCAUUCUCAUUUAUUCGUUGUUGAUGUUUUGACAUGGAAAAAAUUCAAUGUUUAGAGUUUUUUAGGUAAUAUAUUUCUCUCUCUCUCUCUCUCCUCUUCUCUUCCCACCUUUUUUAUUGGAUUUUUGGAAUUCCUUUAGUUUAAGAAGUAUAGAUUCGUUCAGCGUUAAUCUAGAAUUCUUUAAAUAUCAGUUAGUAAUCAUCAUGCUGAAUCUCAAGUUAAGAAGUAUAUUUCCAUGUGUGAUGUGGGAUGCAGGUCAUGAUUAAUCUUCAUUUUUUUCAACUUAGGAACCUUGGGUGAUGAAAUAAUGUCUGAUUUUAUCUAUUUUUAUGUGUAUUUCCUUUUUAAGAUUAUAUUAUGUUUGAAAGCAACUAAAGGACUUCAAAAUAAUGUAGUCAGUUUAAAUCUCUAUGAUUAUGUUAUUAGUUUUUUCCUCUAGUUUAUAUAUUUAAUUAGACUUCUUUUAUAUUUAUGCAGCCCAGUUUGCAUAUGCUAUGCACAUAUGAUAUCGUACAGAAAAUAAGUGUAUAACACUGUCAACUGCUUAUAAGGCUUUAUUUGUAAUGUUGAUAUAAUUGGAUAUGUGGCCCAGCGGAUGUUGUUAGAAAUAGAAAACCCAGUCUUCAAUCUACAAGGCAUGAAAUUUGGAGGGGGGGAAUGACGAAAAUCAUACCUUGAAUCCACGAGGAUUGAUUUGGAGAUCCUUGAAUCCACAAGGUUCAAAAUAAUGUCCCUUGAAUCGAGAAUGGUUGCUUGAGUCCACUAGCACUCAGAACUCUCUCAAAGAGGACAAACCUUCGUAAACUAAGAUGUUUAUAGGGUUAUAGUGUGAUGGCCUUUAUCGAAAAUCAGUUGGGGUGCCCCUAAAAAACGGAUCAAUUUAGGAAAAAAAUUCUAACUUCUUUAAAAACAGGACAGUUAAACUAAGACUUUGAUGAAUUAUUCACAUGCUUAAUUUGGGCCUAAUCUGAUUUUGGGCUUUUUUGGUCUUCUGAUCUUUGUUAACCACACUUUACAUUUUCAGAACUCCUGGCCCACUGAUUUUUGGGCUUUCCCUGGUUGUGCCAAGUGUUCUACAUCACUUAUUCUCAUUUUGAGCCUUCAAACAUUUGUAGUUCACCUGGGUCAAAAAAAAUUCACCUGUGUUUUUCUGAAGUGAUGUACUACAUCAAUAUGAUUCUAUUCAUAGACCUGAAUAAAGUAAGACACAAAGAGUUCUUCGGCAGGCAUUGCAAUUGAUAAAUUCCCUGUCAUCACACCUACUUUAUUCAGCUAAUUAUAUGCCCAUAAUUAGAAGACAGGUGGGGAUGAAGGGCAUCUAAUUGUUAGGAUAUCAAAUGAUUUGGCCAUGGACAUUACAUCCUUUCUUAAGGGAAAAAAAGGUUAUAACUCAUGAGAGGAAUGAUCCAGACUGUGAAUAAAGUUUAGUUGGUGAUAUAGCUGCUGGAAUACUUUUGCAGGUCAAGAUUUUUUAGUUUUUUGUAUUCAAUUGGAUGGGUAAUUUUGGAUUAUGGUUCAUUUUGAUUUGAGUUUUCAAGAUGGCAUUGUUUCUCAAAACUUAGUCGGUUAUUUUCUGCGAUGAUUUUACUUUGUGUCUCCAUUUCUUAUUGAAAGUAUUAUUUGUUUCUGAAAAUAUAAUAAAUAUGUUGUAUCCAUUUUGGAUCAAAAUAAUUGCAGAAAGUAUUUAUUUUACCUCUUUAAAUGAUUCUUGUUUGGCUUGGACUAGAUGUCCCAUUGUUCACUUUUGUACUGAAUGAAAAAAAUUCUGAAUUAUUUUACUUAGGUCUCACAAUGUGAAUGUUUGAACUUCCCUUCUAGUUUUCUCUGAGGUAUAUAUGAUAAAAUUGACAUGGCAUCUCUGUUUGAAAUUUCGACUAUACCAUUUCAUUGUUUGUGUCAUUAGAUUAUCUUAUUUAUGGAGCACCAGUGAUACUGAUUUUUUUUUAUAUAACCUUAAUUUGUAUCUGACUCAGAACUUGCUCCUUACUGAUGAGAAUUUUCUCAUGCAUAUGUUUCUCAGUCUUGCUAUUUUCAUUUCUGCUAUGUAUGGCCCUGUAUAUCAUAUUCUUAUUUGUUUUUGGGACUUUAUCUUGUUCAAUUUUCUUUAGACUUCUUUUAAUUAAUAGAUUAAUUUUGUGCAGUCCCAAGUUUGAACAACUUUUAUGUGUUAGGUGUUUUCAUUCCAGGAUGUUCCUUGGACCGACACAUUCAUUUCUGUGCACCAUAAUGGAAGUCAUGACCACCAGCGCCUUAUCCAAAGGUUAUUAUGCCAUGUUACUUUUAGAAAUUAAACUUUUUCUACUCUUCAUAAGUAUCAUGUGAUUUAAAAAUUUAUACGUCCUCUUUUCUGUUGAGUAUUCCACAUGUGUGAAUGGCAGCCUGGCCUAGUGCUUGUUGCGCUGCUUAGCUGAGCAAUGCCUGAAAGACCAUGAUGCAAACUAUCAGCCAUUACGAAUAUUUCAGUCCAUUUUGUCGGCUAUUGUCACUAAUGUGGAGUGGAUAUGAUAUUCAUUAUCCCUGAAAAUUGGAACAAGAUCACCAAUAAAUUAAGCGGUGUCAGGAAAUUGCGUUUAUAUUAGCGUAGUUUAUUUGUAAUUGUGAAAUUAUAGACUUCUCCUUAUGUAUGACGUGCAUGUUUUUUGUGAAACGUCCUACUGAAAGUGGUAUCUGUAUGAUAUUUACUAAUGUGAACUGUUUACAAAGGUCUGAUAGCUGCAAUACAUCUGAAACAUUAAAGCUUCUGGUCUGAGUACUUGCGCAUUGAAUUUCCUACCGCUAUUUGUGGGAAUCAAUCUCUAAUGAACAGAUGUCAACUUUUGGAUUUUAGCUGUUUGAUUUUUAUUUCUAAGUGUCAACCUCCGCUCACAGGUUUUAAGACUUCAACGUGGCAGGUCCAGUCCAUAAACCAUGGGUGCUGAUUUCUUAAAAUUCAACCUAAUGCUUGUCUUGUAGGUGUUGACCCUUUUUCUAUAGAUACAAUUGAAAAAUUGGUUCAUUACCUACUAGUGUCGAACCUUUAUUAUGCAGGUGCCAAAACUUUAUUACUUUGUAUUCUGUUUGCUUGCUAGUGUUGACCCUCUAACUGUAGGUGUCAACACUUGAACCGUUGGUCUUUUGUUUUAAAGUCAGGUGGUUCAUUUCUAUGUAGGCUUCAACAUUUGAACCAUUGAUCCUUUUUUUCGCUUGCAGGUGACUACCAUUUUGCAUGUAUCAACACUUUUAUCUUAGCACCUAAAUUUUCGUAAUUUUUUGAUACCAGGGCUGAUACCUUUACCCGUGUGAACAUUUUUGACUUAACUAAAUUUCAGUUCUUCUCAGAUUGUUGUGCUUUGUUAUAAUUGACCCUUAAAGAAAAAUGUAAAAUAGGAUUGAGCAGCAUCAAUAAAUUUUUGUCAUCGUCGUUUAUCCAGUUGCUUCUUCAGUGUGGGUUUCACUCUGUCCUUGUCCAUGCGCCUUACCCCUGGGGCUACUUUAGAAGAUUGCUCCGGGAGCUGAACACACGGGCAUCUCUUCAUCAAGAAAGAUAACCCAGGAUCUGUGGUGGACAUGUGGGUGGUUUUCUCUGAUUUCAUUCUUAAAUUCCGAUGGAGAAAAGGAGAAGAGAGCAACAGAAGGCACAGAAUCCCUUGUUUCAGAAAAAACCUAAGGUUAUCUGCUUGAAAUCGUUUGGGUUCUCUGUAAAAAUAAUAAACAGCGUAACACCUCAUAGAAAUUCUUGAUCUUCCCAAGCCCUUAUCUCAUGAAGUUGUGCUUACUUAUUUUUCAUGGCAUAGUUUGUGUUCACCGUUCUCCUAUUUCUGUGAUAGGUUAAGUGCGUAUGGCUUAUUUGAAGUAAAAGUCUCUGGAGAUGGAAACUGUCAGGUCUGCUUACUUUCAGUCUACAGAUUAAUAAGUACAUUGGGACCAUGCGCCAUGGUGACAUUUAUGCUUUCCAUUUUAAUGCAGUUCCGGGCUCUUUCGGACCAGAUUUUCAAAUCACCAGAACAUCACAGAUCUCUGCGAAAGGAGAUUGUACAGCAGGUACUUCAAUAUUUUUAAGCCUAAAAGCCUGCGACAACCCGAGAGGGAGCUAAAUUGACACUCUAGACAGUUUCAUUUCGCGUCUAUAUUUAAUGGCCUCGAUGUGGUUAAGUCGUUCAACCAUCCAGUUAUCUUUGGCCUGGUCAGGCUUGAUUGUCUAUGAGACCAGUACAAACCCUAAUCAUGAUGGGCCUGCCUGUUGAUCCCUGGGUAGUUUAGUUCAAUGCCUGCCCUACAUAUUCCAAUGAUCUGAUGCACCUUAACACAAGUGACUAAUGGUUUGUGGGUCAGGGGUAAAGAAAGGGAUCUGCCAUGCUUUCUCCUGGCUCGUAUAAUGGACAGCUCUUGGGGAGCCAAAGUCAGUAACCUGGAAACAUGGACGCUUUAACUGCUGUUCAAUUCAUUAUUGAAAUGUAGUUUAUAUUUUCUCCCCUUUUUUCCCCUACCGACGAGCAUUCAAAUGGCUGUAGGGAACUUGCCCAGGUAAAAUGUGGUUGAAUUUCUUCGGCAGUAUAGUGUUCUACAUAUUCUUCAGAGCGUAUUGUCUCUUUUGUCCACUUUCCUUGCCCCCUUUCAUUUUGUUUCGAAGGUACAUUUUCUAUUUUAGUCCGAUUACUGCAACAUCAAGAACAUUCUGAUUACUUGGACAUGAAACUAGAGCCACACUGAUACCUUCGUGCAUCAAUUAUUUGAAUUUCUCCAAUUGUCCAGCUUAAAGACCACCGUUCGUUGUAUGAGGGAUACGUCCCCAUGAACUACAAGAAGUAUUGCAAGAAGAUGACCAAGUAAGAGAUGCUUUCUGAGUAUUGUUUGGUACAUUUCGAUUUAUUGAUCUAUCACAUUUAGAACUUUACCUGGAAAUAGUCCAUGCUUUCAUCUCUUAACAUAUGUUCCCUCCGUAGAUCUGGUGAAUGGGGAGACCACAUCACCUUACAAGCUGCAGCUGAUAAGGUUGGUACCCUGUAUUCGGCUACAACAUUGCCAAUGGUGCACUAUCACGGAAUGUUAGAACUCCAGCAAAACCAGUUCAGCUGCAUUGCAACCAUAUGAACCAAAUGAGCACUGCUCGAACCAGUCCAAGCUGGUUCCAACUUCUGGGUCAAUGCAUUCUUCAGCUUUUGAAAAUCAUGAACCAUCAUUACUGAAGGGUCACCGACCAACCAACAGUCUCAUCCAUCAUGAAUAUGGAUGGAGUAGAUUCAUUACAGCGUGACCUCUAGCUUCGUAUCUGGCGUCAUUUAUUUGGAUUCUGCCUACCUCAUAAAUAGAAGCAUGUGGAUGCCUCAUGUUAAGGCAAGGGAUACGAUAAUUAUACAACAAAAAAAAGUUUGAGAUGCAUGAUUCUCCUUGAAGGCGAUGAUGGUUUCGUCAGGGAGUCUAUUCUAUGUGCUGUGAAUAUAGAAGUGAAUAUAGUGAGCUAACCAGUUGCCGGUGUCAAUUUGAUCUGCAGUUUGGAGCAAAGAUUUACCUCGUAACUUCAUUCAAGGACACUUGCUUUCUUGAGAUCAUCCCGCAGUACGAGGCUCCUCAGAGAGGUAGGAAUCAUACCCCGGGCACUUGUGGCUUCAUUUACGUUUUCUACUUGCAGUCUCCUUUCCCUGGGCUCUGAGCUUGAUAAUCCGCUCUCUCUCUCUCUCUCUCUCUCUCUCUCUCUCUCUCUCUCUCUCUCUCUCUCUCUCUUGUGAUGCAGAACUUUGGUUGAGUCUGUGGUCAGAAGUCCAUUAUAAUUCGUUAUACGCCUACCGAGGUUGGUUCUUUCUGGUGAUUAUUUCCUGCUAAUUCGAUUGGAAUGGAUUGAAAUAUCAACAAGAAAUGCAAUGCUUAUAUCGACAUUAUUUAUUCAUCUUAUAUAUGCAAUGUUCAGAUGUUCCUCCUGUACGGCAAAAGCCAAAGAAGAAGCAUUGGCUAUUCUAA